ACAAUAUUGGAAAAAAGGUUAAAUAUUGUACACUUAUGGCAUCACAGCUGUUCAACACAGAACACCUUUAAAUGUUUCCUAGGCCUAUAAAUUGUCCUUCAAUCUAGUAGGUUCAACACUCAAGCUCCCAUUGUUGGGCCUUCUCAAGCUCCCAGCUCCAGCAGCACUGUAGCAUAACUGAUCCUGUACUUUUGCCCUAGAUUUCUGAGCUGUGAUGUGCAAAAGCCUUAGAGCAGUGGUGGCUCAAGGGUUAAAGCACCAGGUUAUUGAUGCUUGAUGGUUUGGUAACACUUUACUUGGAUGGUUCAUUUGAUGAUCCUCAACUGACACUCAACAGCAUGUCUAUUAAAUGCAAUUGAACUGAAAGGUAAAAGUAAAUGAUUCUCUAUUGAAUGUAACUCUACAUCCAACUCUCAACUCCAAACUCUAAUCUUAACAUUUUAGCAUUGGGUUUAAAGUUUAGGUUGGGGUUAGGGUUAGGGUUAGGUGUAGGGUUAGAUUUUAGGGUUGAUUAAGGGUUAAGGUUAGGGUUAUGUGUAGGGUUAGAUUUUAGGGUUGAUUAAGGGUCAGGGUUAGGUGUAGAGUUAUGUUCUAUGUUGAAUAAUUUAAAUUCAACAUAUGGUUAAGUUGCAGUUAAUAGUUUAACUCAGUUAAAUGUUAGUUGAAUGUCAGUUGAGCAUCAACAAGGCCAUCAAAUGGACCAUCCAUCAAGUAAAGUGUUACUGUUGGUUCAAUUCAUAGGGUCAGCAAGCUGUCACUGUUUGGCCCUGGAGAAAUGCCCUUAACCCCCGAUGCUCCCCAGGUGCUGCAGCGAUGGCUGCCCAAUGCUUCUUUUUCUUGUCUGAUCAAGCUGAACAUGUUUGCCAUGCUAGUCAAUCAAAGUGUUGAUGCUGUUGAUGAUGGUCCUCUCAUGAUCACAGAACCUAUGUAGGGGUAAAUCUGCUUUAAAAAAAAACUUUAAUUUUAAAAUACUUAGGUUUAACUUACUGGUAGUAAUAACUCAUUUGGUGUGUUUGUUUUUUUUUUAGUUUGUGCUUUUAUUUUGAAUUAUUUAUAUUUCUAUUUUUGUUUAAAGAGAGACGCGUCUUGUUUCAAAUGGGCCGACAUUCACACUAGGGAGGGAGGGAUCAGUGUCAAAAGCAUAUAAAUGCUGAACUUCAUCCCAUUAUGCUUUUCACCACAAAAUUGAACUAUUCAUUCUUUCUACUCUUUUUAAUGUAAAGCUGACAUCUGAAUUUGUAUUUAUUUAUUUAUUUAUUUAUUUUAGCACCAGAUCCCUUAAUGUUAUGGAGGUUAACCAAACCGAUCAAUGCCUGCAGUUUGUCUGUCCAGAGAGAUCUGUAUCUACUGCAGUUUAUGUGUUUCUGUAUAUCUGUGCUGCUGCUGUAGUUCUGUUAACAGUGUUUGGAAAUCUGCUCAUCAUUAUCUCUAUUUGCCACUUUAAGCAGCUCCACACUCCAACUAACAUGCUCAUUCUCUCUCUGGCUGUAUCAGACUUUCUGGUCGGAGCUAUAGUGAUACCAGUAUCAUUGACUUGGAUGAUUGAAUCAUGUUGGAUUUUUAGUGCAGUUUUUUGUGUAUGUUUUAUAUUGGUGUCCUAUUUCCUAACAAACACAUCUAUAUUUAAUGUUGCGCUUAUUGCCUUUGAUCGGUAUUUUGCUCUCUCUAAUCCAUUUCUCUACACUGAUAGAGUCUCUGUGAGCACCAUGUGUAUUGUAGUUUUAUGUAACUGGUUUAUAUUGUUGUUGUAUAACAUAACCCUUCAGUACUUCAAUGGAUAUUAUGCAAACCUGACAGUGUGUCCUGGUCACUGUUUUCUGGUGCUGGAUGAAAUUUGGUCUCUAGUUGAUCUUCUAUUGAUAUUUGCUCUCCCCUGUUCUGUUAUUAUAAUACUGUAUGGUUUAGUUUUUGUUAUUGUAAAGAAACAUGCCACCGCUAUCAGAGAGCUUAAUACUGUGACCAACACUCAGACAACUAAACACAUGACAGACUCGAUGAAAUCAGAGAGAAAAGCUGCAAAAAAUCUUGGCAUCUUAGUGUCAGUGUUUUUAGCUUGUUUAUUUCCAUACUUUAUUUAUACUGUGUUGGGUAACAUAAUUGAAAUUGAAAUAGGGCCAUUUCAGAAAGUCUUGAUGUUGGUUUAUCUUAAUUCUGCCAUUAAUCCAGUUAUUUAUGCUUUGUUUUAUCCUUGGUUUAGGAGAUGUGUUAAAAUAACAUUAACUCUUCAAAUAUUCAACACAGAUUCUGCACUGAUAAAUGUUCUUUCAUAAAUAAAAUAUGUAUGUAAAAAAAUAAAUGAUGUAUUUGCACUGGAGUUCUGAUGAACGACUGGAAGUUUUCUAUCUCUAUUA